AGGCAAUUAGAACCUGUGCAGGGCUUUAGACACUAAAUACGCAGCAAAUAAGGAAUAAAGAAAAGAAGAGAAUAAGUCCAAGAUGGUUUUGGCUGCGAAAGCCCUUGUUUUGUCUGCCAUAUUGGCAGUCAUAAGCUGUGGUCCAGUGGAUGUCCGAUUAACUUCCGAGGACAAAUGUUACACCACAUGCACAGAAAGUAACAAAUUCAACUACCUACCGGGUAGGACAUAUCGAUUCCAGUAUGAGGGAGAAACGGUUACAACGACACAAAGCAACGAACACUCGAGUUUACAUUUUAGGGCGACGGCCGAUAUAGAGGCCAUUUCGAAAUGUGAAAUGGCUCUAACGCUUUCAGACGUAACGGUGGAAGAGUCCGAUCCAAGGGACUUGGCCCGCCGUUUCAGAUCUGAGGGAGAGGCCGCCCUGAAGGAAGCCCUCGAGAGCAGUGCCCUGAGAUUCUCUUUCCAAGAUGGACAGAUUGCAGAGCUUUGCCCUGAACGUGAAGAGAGUCAAAUGGCGCUCAACAUCAAGAGAGGAAUUCUAUCGGCCUUCCAAAACAAUAUGGAAUCUCUAGAGCGCGAUCACUCUGGCUCAGAGACUGAUGUGGCCGGCAAUUGCCCUGCUGACUACACCGUCACUGAGAACAGUUGGGAAAAGAUCGUUGUGAAGAAAAGCAAAAAUCUCGUUGGUUGUACUGACAGACACAACUAUGGCAACACCUUCCAUGGAGUUGCUUACAGCGUCGACUCCGACAUCCAAUCGCUCCCUCUGAUGAAGAGUACCCAUGACUGUGAACAGACUUUGCACAAGCAAGGCCGUCUUCUUGCCAGUAAAUGCCAGGAGAGCCAUGUAUUCCGACCAUUCAAUGAUGAAAAGACCAGCUCCAACACAACCACAUCCCAGAGCUUGACCUUCGUCAAAGAACACAAUGGACCAAGAACAAGAGGUCCAAUCACCCGUCGCACCAACAUGCUUUUCGAACACGCCGAUGAAACCGAGGAAAACAACAAGGAUUUCUCCGCUGCCCAGUCCAAACUCCGUGAAAUCUGCCAGGCUACUUCAAGCGAUGUCAGACCAGAGACCCCACGACUUUUCACUGAACUCGUCUACAUCAUGCGCAAAUUGAACAACUUUGGACUUAAGAAUCUGCAGAAGAUUGCCACCAAUGGAAAACCAUGCCAGCAAGCAAGGAAAUACUUUUUCGAUGCCCUCCCCAUGGCUGGAUCCAGCGCCUCAAUCAAACUGAUGAAGACCCUUUUGAUCACCGGAGAAGUUACUGGACUAGAGGCUGAUGCAUGGUUGACCGUCAUGGCUUUCGUACAAAACCCUACCCAGGAAAUGAUCGAUGAACUCCAGGAUAUCGUAUCCAGCCCUAAGACCAGCAAGAAAGCUAUGCUUUCUGUAUCCACCAUGAUCUACAACUUCUGCAAGAACAACGGAAACUGCAAGAGCAACGGAGCUGUGAGAGAGGUGAUCAGAGUCUUUGAGGAAAAUCUUAACGGAGACUGCCGAUUCAACAACGCUGAAGAGCGCGAGAAGGUCAUCCUUUCACUGAGAGCUCUCGGAAACGCAGGACAAUCCGUCAAUGCUAUUUCACUCCUCAACAGAUGUGCUAUGGGAAGAAACUCCAUGGAUAUCCGCGUCGCUGCCAUCGAUGCCUUCCGCCGUAUGGACUGCUCUGAGGGACGAACUGAGCUGAUGAACCUUUUCAAGAAUACAGAAGAAGAUUCUGAGCUUAGAAUUGGCGCCUACUUGGCUGUUAUCCAAUGCCCAACUGUUGACAUCAUUGAAGAGGUGAAGACUGUCUUGGAGAGUGAAGAGAUUAACCAAGUUGGUUCCUUCGUAUGGACCCACCUCACCAACCUCAUGGAGACGUCCGAUCCACAAAAGCAAAACAUCAGAGCAAUCCUUGAAGAUGCUACCCUAAAGAAGGAAUUUGAUAUGGACAAGAGAAAGUUCUCCCGUAACAUCGAGUUGUCUUUCUUCUCUGAAAUGCUCAACACUGGUGCCAAGGCCGAUAGCAACCUCAUCUGGUCUACCAAGUCAUGGAUCCCCCGCUCAGCUAUGCUCAACAUGACCGUUGAUCUUUUUGGAACCCAAAUGAACCUUCUCGAGAUCGGAGGACGUGUCGAGGGUAUGGACUACCUCCUUGAGUCUCUCUUCGGAAACAACGGCUACUUCCCCGAAAUGGCUGACAAUAUCCGCAGUAAGAGAUCUGCCAGAGAUGGUAUGCUCAACAGAUUCAAGCAAUCGUUCCAACUUGAAGACGCCAGCGAGCCAAAAGCUUCCAUGUUCAUGAGAAUCUUCGGUAACGAAAUGGCCUUCAUGGAUAUGACCAACUACAAGGGUGCCAUGGGAGACUUCAACUUCUUGGAUAUUCUCAUCAAACUUGCAGAGAACCACAAAGUAGACUUCACAAAGUCUGUCGUAUUCAUGGAUGUCCACUACAAAAUCCCAACCAUCAUUGGUAUGCCCCUCGGUCUUGAUAUCAACGGUACCGCAACAGUUGAUAUGAAAAUUGGAGGAAAGAUGGAUCUUCGCCAACUUGGAUCCUCACCACGCAGUGUUGAUAUCGACGGUUACAUGCAGCCAAGCACUGCUGUAGAAAUCUCAAGUGCAAUGUACAUGGACUGUGGCGUUGCCAAGACCGGUGUUGCAUCAGUGUCCACCAUGCACUCCAGCGCUGAUGUCGAAGGAACAAUCUCCCUAAAGAACGGAGAGGUCUUUGUCACCAAGUUCAACAUGCCCAAGGACAAAAUUGAUAUUCUAUCAGUGGACAACAAAUUUUUCGUAUUCCGAAAAUCCAUUCCCGUUGAACAAAAGAUGGCCGAGCAGAAAGUAGAGGCCAGCAAAUGUACCGGAGACAUGAUUGCUAAAGUCACUGGCUUGGAACUCUGUGGGGCCCUCAGCUACACAUCCACUGCCCCCAUUACUGGCCCAUCCAGCGUGAAGGUCUCACUCAACAAGCGUGAUACCCACACCGGCUACGAAUUCACAACAACUUUCAUGGCAAAGAAGGAGAGCAAGGCCGGAAAGAGAGCUGUUACCAACAUUGCUAGCGUAGCAUUUAACACCCCAGGAUCAAAGGUUGACCGUGAAAUGUCUGUUAACUUCCAACUCAACCGUGGCGAGAAAACCAUCAAUCUAGACAUGACAUCACCAUGGAAGAAGGUGUCUGCCAAGGGAUCAAUCGACGUUGCAAAAAUCUUGAAGAAGGCUUCCACAAGCAUUGUCAUUGACAACAAACAAGAAUAUUCUGCUGUUGCUCAAAUCAAGGUUUUCAAGAAGGGAUUCCUUACCACGUACGCUCCAAGCGUCGUUGUGAACAUCCACAAAAUGAAGCCAAUCACUCUGAAGGGAACACUCCAGAACAAGAACUUCAAGAAGAUGACCGCAGACCUUGCCCUCAACAACCUUUUCAAGACCCCAGUCACAUUCAAGGGUGAUAUGACCAGGCUGAUCAGUGGAGCCAAGGCAAGCUACAAAUCAAACAUUGCCCUCAGGUCCUCCUUCCUUGAUGCUACCCUUAAGGGAACCGCUGAUAAGAAGAAGACCAACUACAAGAGCAACGUCCAGGUGCAAUACCAAUUCAACAACCAAAAGGCACAGAAGAUAUCAUUCAGUGGAAAGUUCCUCAACAAGAGUCUGAAGAACCUCGCAAGAUACAUCAUCAACAACAAUUUCCAAUCCACACAGUUCCCAGAAGCCAACUACAUCCUGUCAAUGAAUGUACUGAAGAAGGCAACACGUCUUGAGAACACAGUUGACUUGAGAUUCGGAAAAGCCAUCAAAUCCCCCAAAAACAAAUUGGUUUUCUCCCAGGUUUUGUCAAAUACCUUGAAGGGAAAAGUGAGGAAAAUCGACCAUACAAUGAAGUUCAUGUUUCCCUGCAAGGAUAUCAAGAUGAACACUAAAGUAUCUGUCACCAAGGAUCCACGCAACCUCAAUACACUUGCAAGCAUUGAAUACAAGCCAAAGAAGAUGAUCACAUUGACAGCAGACUUGAAGAACGAGAGCAAGAAACUGAGGAAAUACAGUGGAGACAUCAGCUUGACCACCCCAAGACGUGAAAUGAGAUUAACCGAAUCCUUGGAAGAACAGGCUCCAAUGAAAUUCAACAACGAGAUGCUCGUCCAAUGGCAAAAGGGUAGCCAGGGCAAGAUGGUCACAUCAUUCGCUAAAGUUGGCAAGAGGGAACAUACACUGGAAUCUACUCUCCAGAUCCCCAACUUUGACACCAUCUCCUUCUCAGGAAGAACAAAGCUAUUUGCCGAUGACUUCAACACCAAUGCUGAGCUGACUUACGAAGGCAAGAAAUACUCUACUGAUGUCAACUACAAAUAUGAAGGACAAGGAAAGCAAUGGUCUGGCGAGGGACACUUCGAGGCUGCCCAUCCAUCCCGCCGUGUUACAACUGACGGUUCCUUCAGGUACAUUGGUGGCAAAACCAUGCAGAGUCAGAUUGAAGCCAAAUGGGAUGCUGAUCGUGAUGAGAACAAGAAGGCUGGUUAUGAAGCAGACUACAAAAUCAUUGGAACUAAACAUGAGGGUUCAAUGAAGGUAUUCUAUCCCCGACGUGAAAUCAACGCAGCCAUGAAUGUUGAAAAGAAGGGAGAAAAGUACACGUCUCAUGCCGAGGCCAGCUGGGAAGCCGGAAAGAAGAUGCAACUGGACACAGAGAUGACCUUUUCUAACAGAGGAUCAAGAAACUUCCAAGGAAGCACACGAUUCACCAGUCCAUUCGAGAAGUUCGAGAACAUCUUCCUAUCUGCCACACAUCAAGAUAACGGCCAGCAAUACAACAGCAAUGCUGAGUUCUCAUGGGCUCCAAGAAGCAAAGUCCAAGGAACAUUGACAGGAAAAUUCAACAGUCUGAUGGAUUUGGAUGGAACAGUGUCUUUGUUUACCCCACUCUCACGUUCACCAAUUGUUCUCCGACAGAAACAUGCCAUUAACAAUAAACAAGUCACAUCUCACACCGAGUUUGAGUACAGCAACAAGAAGACUGUCAUGGAUAUGUCUGGAAAGGAUGAUUCCAACAGAUGGAAGAGUGACAUCGAAGGUACGUUCUCUCUUACUACACCAUGCAGAUAUUUCAAUACUGUUGCCAUGAAAUUCGACCACACAAUGACCAAGAAGAUGAUCAGGCUCUCAGGAGAAGUGUCCAAGGAUGACAAAGUUAUCGGCGCCACCAUCAAGGGUGUUGCAGAUGUAUCUUCCAAUGCCAGAGAUGUCGAGGGGACCUUUGAACUCAAGACACCAUUCCCCAAAGUUGAAAACAUCCUCCUCAGUGCAUCUCACAAGGAUGACAGCAGAAAGUACAACACUGACAUGAAAGUAAGAUGGGCUCCUAGACAGGAAAUUGCUGCCAGCAUGGAAAUGACCAGUGGGAUGAGAGGUUACAGUAUCAGAAGCAAUGGUAAACUAGAGGUAACUACACCAUUUACUCCAUAUGAAUCUACCACGCUCAACUGGAACCACGACAAUACCGAGACCACAAUAAAACACAACUCAGAUCUUACAUGGGCUCGUAGAAACAGGGUUGUCCUUGGUGUUGAUGGCUCUAUUGAAACCGGGCCUGAGACCAAGGUUAAUGGAAUGAUCAGACUUCAGACUCCAAUCAGGAGCUUCUCCGACGUGUCAAUGAAGGUCUCCCACAGCCACGAUGCUGACAACUUGAAAUCCGAACUGACAGGUACCUACCCAUACAACAAGAAUGUCAAACUUACCGUUGACUUGAGCAAGGCCAGUGACGUCCAAGGUGCUAUUACAUUCACAAGCCCCUACACCAACAUGGAGAACCUUGCAGCUAGCUUCAUUCAUAAGACAUCUCGCAGACCAUACACCACCCAUGCCGAGGUGUCCUGGACACCAAAAGACAAGAUUGCUUUCGACGGAAGUGUCAACUACUAUGGUCUCCGAUACCUGACUGGUGAUGCCCGCCUUACAACCCCAUUCACUGGUUAUGAAUCAAUGAGUGCAUCUAUCAAUCACAGCAAGAGAGAUCAAUGGAGCACAAUUGUUGAAGUAGAAUAUCUACCAAGACAGAAGGUUUCGUUUGAGGGAAAACUCAACACAGACACACCCAAGGGAAGUAUAACCAUCAGAACCCCAGAGAGAACCCUAAGGAGCUUGACUGCCAGUUUCGAGCACUCUGGAAACUUCCCAUACGUCAACACCAAGAGCAACGUGAAACUUGUAGGCACCUACCCAGCCAGUAUGGACUCUUUCAUCCGUGUUAGUGGAAUAGAUUCAGUCAAUGCCAACAUCCAACUUAACCUUCCAAAGAUGGAUAAGAUAUCUGUCGAUAUCGUGCACCGUCAGCAGGGCAGCAAAUACACAACGGAAGCAAGCGCCAGUGCAGCAAGAACAGAAGCCAAACUUACCAGCACAUUGAAUAUCCAAAGCAUAAACAAUAUUGAUGGGGCCAUUGUGGGUACCUUUGAUGAAAAUGAAGUCGAAAUUAACUUCAACCAUAAUGGUUACUUGAAAAACUUCAGAAACCAUCUUGAUAUCGCCCAUGAUAACAAAAAAGUGAACUUGGAUGGACAAUUCUCUCUCAGAGAAAUGACAGGAGAAUUUAAAGUCCAGAGCAACAUCCCCAAGAUUAGGUUCGCUAGCGUCAAAUUCAACCAUGAUGGUGACUACAGUAAUUUCAAGCAUCACGCAGAAUUUUCUUUCAACAACAGAAAAUCCGAAUAUGAUGGAUCAUUUACCUCCAGCCCAAAUGUUGAGGGUAAAUUCACACUGAAGGCCAACAGAGACAUAACAACCUUGACUUUCGAUCAUCAAGGUGGUCUGACACGAUUCACCAAUAAUGCUAAGCUGACAUCAACUGGUGCCCAAGACAUUGAAUAUACUGGUUUCUUUGCAAAUACAAACAGAGUUGUCGGUAAAUUCACCUUCACAAAAGGUCCAAAGUCCCUCAAUGUUAAUUUCAAUCACAAUGGCGACCUUAGAAAAUUCAAAUCCUCUGCCAAAAUUCUUGGAAAUGGUAAAGCAGUCGAGGCUGAUAUUGAGUUUGAUACCGCACCAAUGAAAGGCCAAGCCACAUUCAACACCCCAUGGACCCGCCCAGCUGCAGCUGCAUUCAAUUACAAUGGUGAGCCAAUGAACUUCAACUCACAUGCUGAAGUAAGCUACGGACUAAAGAAAAUCGAAGGUGACGUAACAUUCAGUAAACAAUUCGGAAGCUUUGUACUGAAGACUCCAUUUACAACCCUGAGUGAAGUUAAAUCUUCUUACACUAUUGAGGGAUCACUGCCAAAAUUCCAGUUCAUUGCCCAUGAGGAAUUCUCAUACAAUGGUGGAAACACCAUUGCAAUGAACAGUGAAGUGAGCUGGAUGAAGAAAAUCUCUACUGAUCUUACUACACCAUUUGCUGCCAUCAGAACUCUUAAUGCUGAGGUGACAAAGAAGGGUGACAAGGUACAUGCUGAACUAACACACAACCGACGAAACAAAUUCCAGACCGACCUUAACUUGGAUUUAGAAUCCUUCAAGAAAGCUGACCUGACCAUCGAGACUCCUUUCCAAGCCCUUGAAAGUCUUAAUGUUGCCUACAACCAUGAGGGUGGUCUUAGGAACUUCCAAAGCCACGCUGAGUUGACACAUAACAAACGUAGCAAGUUUGAGAUUGAUGCCACAUCCCGUCUCACUUCCGCUGAUGUCACAAUCAAAACUCCAUUUGAUGCUAUGAGGACAUUGAACAUGGCUUAUUCUCAUAUUGGAGGACUAUGGAACUUCAACUCACAUGCUGAACUUACUCACAACCAGAGAAACAAGUUCACCAUUGAUGCCUCUAAUAACAAUUUCGAAACCACCGAGUUUGCUUUUACUACACCAUUCAGAACCCUGAGUGAUGCUAAACUUACCUUAAAGCAAGAAGGCACAUUAGACGACUACAGCUCCAACACUGAAUUCACAUACAACAGGGUUAACAACAUCAAAGCGGACAUUGUCUUUGCAAGCACCAAGAAUAUCAAGGGAUCCAUGAUGAUGACAACCACAUUCCCAUCUCUGAGAGACCUCAAAGUUGCAUUCAACCACGCCGGACGUUGGAACAACUUCAAGAGUGAUGGAGAAAUCACAUGGAACAGACGCCAAACCAUUGCUGGUGAUCUUGAAUUUGCAUUCUCACGUAACAUUAAACUAAAGGCCGGACUAGCCACUCCAUAUACCAAAGACCUCAAAGUUGAAUUUACAAAGAAGGGUGACAACAGCGACUUUGUCCAGCACUUGGAAAUUGCCUACCCAGAUAUGAUCUUCCAGCAGGAUACUGAAUUCCAGUUGAGUCCUCUCUCUAUCAAAUUCAAACAAGUACAGCCUAACUUCAACUUUGACGGACAGUUCAGCCACACAGGUGACUACAGACGAUUCCAGACACACGCUGAAGGAAAGCUUAACAGCUUCCAACCAGUUGUAGCUGAUCUCUCUUUCAACAUGGUCGGUAAAAUCGAAGGAGCCUUGAAAGUGCAGAAUCAAUGGGUACCAGUUGACAUUUCUUUCAACCAUAUUGGUAGCAUUGAUAACUUCAAAUGCUCCGGAGAAGCAAUUGUGAACAACAAAAAAUAUGAUGGUCAAUUAGAGCUCAGCAACGACAGAGUCACAGAAGGCAAACUUACCAUCAAUACUCCACAUAGGAAACUUUACAAUGUCGAAGCUGCCUUUAAUGCUAAGGGUAACCUGAAGAACAUGAGAGGUCAUGCCGAAUUGAGCUACAAUGGUGGAAACAAAAUGGAAGCUGAUGCAUCAUUCAAGAACUACAGGAACAUGCAAGGCGAGGCCUCAAUCAAGACCCCAUUCAGACAAGUGCGUGAAGCAUCUGCAAGUUUUAACCACGAAGGUGAUAUGUUCAACUUCAAAUCUGGAGCUGAGGUUACAUACAACAGACGCAACAAGAUCAAUGCUGACGUUGACUUCACUACCGAUAGAGCAAUCAGAGGAAAUGCUGUCGUGACCACACCUUUCACCAAUUUCGAACGUACUGCAGUUUCCUUCAACAGUGAAGCCAAGAAGACUCAUGGUGAGGUAUUUGCCUACAACAAGAAAAUCGAGGGAGAUGUUGAGCACACUGGAUACAACAAUGUCAAAGUUGAAAUCAAAACUCCAUUUGCUGAUUACGAAAAUAUGCAAGCUGCCUACCUUCUUGAAAAGGAACCAACAAUGUUCAAUGUGCAUGCCGAGGUAAGCAAGAACAACAAGAAAAUUGAAGCUGAUGUUAACACAGACAGAGCAAGGGGAUUCAGUGGCAAGGCAACAAUCAAAACCCCAUUCCGUGGGUAUGAAGAGAUGUCUGCUGCACUUGACCACACUGGUGGCCUCAGGCGUUUCCGAAACACCGCUACUGUUCAGCUUUCACCCCGUGUCAAAUACACCACAUUUGCCGACUUCACUCUGAACAGGAACAUCUUUAACUUCGUCACAAAAAUGUCAAGCCCACUUAACAAAUUUGAUGCCAAUGUGAAACUCGAAGGUGAUGCCCAUGACUUCAAGAGCAACGGCAUGGUCAACUACAAUGGGGAAGUCACAUCUCUGGAGUGUUCCUACAAAGAUAUCUACGGUGUACCCAGUGAGGGAAGCAUCAAAUUCUCCUGCCCAUAUGUUGAAGAUAUGUCCAUGAUGUUCACAAAUGCCAAGCGUGGUGACAAAUACAACAUGCACUCAGAGCUCUCGUGGAACCCACGUAGCCAGAUCGCUGUUGAUGGUGAGAUGAAGUACAAUGGACUUAACGAUAUGGAUGCCUCUGUUAAAGUGAUGACACCUUUCAGAGCUGCCCGUCAAUUCGGAUUUGAUCUUGACCACAAAAACAGUGGAUACAACUUCAACACCAGACUGAGCACCGAGUUCAACAACGAGAAAUGUUUCUCUGGCGCAGCAGGAUACCGAAAGGUUGGAGAUAACAACAUUGCUGAGCUGACAACUGAGGUACCCCGCGCAAUGUCCUACAAAGGAAGCUACAUGAAUACUGAUACUACUACCAGCAUUUCCGGAGAGGCCAACUUGAACAGCAAAGUCCGUGGAAACAACUACAAAGGAAGUUUCGUCUCUAAUAAAGAAGACAGCAGGCGUGUACUCAAGAGCUCAAUGGAGGCCAGAACUGAAACUCCAUACAGAGUAAUGUCCUUCAAGACUGAAAUGAACAAAUCUCCAUACAACUUGAAACACUCUGCUGAGAUGAGCUGGGACGAGGCCAGAAACAAGAAGGUAUCAUACGAUAUUGACUUCAAAGACAGAUCUCGCCGCAGCAGCAGGAACUACGAUCUGACUGCACAGCUUGCUACUCCAAUCAGGACCAUGCAAAUUCAGGGAAAACACAACGAUAAUGGCGCCACUUUCAAUAGCAACGCCGACCUCAUGUGGGACAUGACCAGAGACCCAUCCAAAAAACUCUCCGUGAGAGGAACAGUAGAGACAGCCCCUGAUACAUUCAAGGCUGAAGCAGGAAUCAAUACCCCAUCACUUCCAAAGGAAAUCACUCUCAACAUUGAUAACGUGAUGAACCAGAGGAGGAACAUACUGUCCCACAAGACUGUGUUAUCCUACAGCAGGAACCCAAGCGAGGAUUGGACCGUUACUGGACUCGUGAAAGUCACAGAACCCACCAACUACACCGCUGACUUUGGACUCACUCACCCAAGAAGCAACUUGGAUAUUGCCCUUGGAGGACAUAUUGCCAGCAACAGAUUGUCAAAGUCUAUUGGCGCCAACAUGAACUACUUGGAUUCAAGAAGACAGAUGCAGAGAGUUUGGGGACUUGGAUACCUCAAUGACAACAACAUGCGUAUUGAGUUCUACGCCCCUAAAGUACCCAAGCAAAUGAUCAUGGCCGCAAAGACUGAUGAUGGCUUUAAAGUAAGCCACGGGUUCUCUAAUGGCAAAACACGCAACGCUGAGUUCACUAUGGAUCCCGAGGCCAAGGCAUUCGACCUUAAAGUGAAUUACGGAACAGAAUACCCAAGAGAUCUAUUCCACAUGUACGGCAAGUACGUCAAUGACAAACAUGUCAUGGUUGAGGCCUACCGUAUGGACAACAACCGUAAAAUCACAGAAGGAAGUGUCUCAUUGAGAAUGAACAACUCCCGUCUUGCUCAUGGACGUCUCUACUGGAGACCAUCUAUGUACUGGGAUAUCAAGGAGAGCCUCCCAACCCAGAUUAACCAGCUUCGCGCUCAGAUCGCCCGACAAUGGGAGGAAGUCCAAGCUGAUGUGUCCAACGAAAUCCGAUCCAAAACACGCCAUGUCACCUACACCUUGCCCGAUAUGUCACCAGUAUCUGACUACAUCAGCAAUGAAAUCAACCAGUUCAACAGUGAUGCUGAUACCGCCACAGAUGCCGCUAAAAUGAUGUUCAGACGCAAUGAGUUCUACUCCAGAGACGCUGUUGACGGUGGUUUCGCCGCAGUUGCAUACACCAAGGAUAUGGCACGUGACUUCUCUGCCAAGAUGGAUGAGGUCAAACGAACCGCCCAGGCUAAGAUGGACCAAUACAGAUACAUGGCUGAGAGAAUGUAUGAAGACUAUGCCAGACGUGCUGCCUACCAAUACAAACUUGCCAAGUACAACCUCAACCGGAAGUACAAUGAGUAUGCACCAAUUGCUCAAAGAUACAUCGAUCAAGGAUACGAGAUGAUUGCCCCAUACUACCAAACCGUCCAGACAAGAGCACAGAGACACAGACGCGAUCUUUCAGAUCUGAUGUACUCCAUCACAUCUCACCCACAGUACAAAACCAGUUUGGAGAAGAUCAGCGACUUUGCCAGUCAGGCCAUGAGCCACAUGCAAAACAUGAAGACCAAGGCCAUUGACUUGAAAGAAGCUGCCAAGAAACACGUCAAGCUUACCAAGGCAAAAAUGAACAACAUGUACAAUGAUGCUCUUGAAACCGUCAACCAGAAGCUCGACGCUGCCAUGGGUCACGAUGCUGUUGUCUACACCAAGAAGGUUGCUCUCAAUGCCCUUGACAUGGCCAAAGAUGCUGCUGACUUCAUCAAUGUGAAGAAGAACUUCCACAAGAUUGCCAGAGAUAUCUACAGGAAUAGCAAGGUUGUUGCCACCAAGCACGCAGCCUUUUUAACCGGAGUCUACAAGAACUUGAACAAAAACAAAGUCACCGUAUUCAACCCCAAACAAGGAGAGAUCCAGGCACAGGCUUACAUGCCAUUCGCUGUCAAGGACUUGAAAACCCUUCCAAACAUCGACACAACCAAUCUCCAGAAGCUGAUGAACCUUUCCUUGAGCAGCCUUCCAUCUCUGCCCAAGUACAACCCAAUGGAUGAUUACUACCACUACAAACCAGCAUCUUCCAAUCCUCUGGACUGGAUCCCACCAUUCAAAGCCUCUGCAUUCGUUGUUGGAGCUCAACAUAUCAAGACCUUCGAUGGAACUUAUUACGAGUUUGCCAGCCCAUGCAGCUACGUUCUUACCCAGGACUUUAGCAAUGAUAACUUCACCGUUGUCGGAAACUUCGAGGGUGACACCAAACACAUCAGCAAGAAGUCUCUCAUGAUCAUCUCCAACAACAAGAAAAUCGAAAUCUUCUCUGACUUCAAGGUUCUUGUUGAUGGCAAGAAGGUUGAGCUUCCAGUCGAGUUCUUGAACACAUCAGUCACCAUCGACGGAGAGAGAAUGAUUGUGAAGAACAAAUUGGGUCUUACCACUGAAUGGGACAAGGCUAAUGAUAUCUGGAGUGUAGAAAUCUCUGGAUGGUAUUUCGGCAAGGUCGCUGGACUUUUCGGAACUUACGACAAUGAGCAAAGCAAUGAUUUCACAACCUCAAGGAACACCGUUGAGGAGCUCGAGAGAUUCACCACCAGCUGGGAAGCAUCUGGAGCAUGCAGAGUUAGAGGAAAUCAGGCUAGAGAAGUUGAGCCACAAACACACCGCCAUAGCUUCAAAACCUGUGCCCGUCUGUUCAAAGAAGAGGUGUCAUUCUUCAGGCCAUGCUACAAACAGGUCUCCCCUAAGAAAUACUUCAAGAUGUGCGUAAAUGACGUCGAGGGAUUCGAAAGAAACGCUUGCAAGAUGGCUGCUGCGUACAUCAAAGAAUGUGCCGCUGCUGGAGUACCUGAUAUGAAAAUGCCCAAAGGUUGCUCUGACUGCAACAGCGAGGGCAAGAGACUGAGUGACAUCCCACAGUCCGCUGAUGUUGUCCUAGUUGUUGAGGAGAGACAAUGCAACAAGGACCUUACAGGCAAACUUGGAGCUCUCGUCGAGAGAAUUGAAGAACAACUACGUGAACUCGGUCUAUCCAACAACCGUUUCGGUAUCGUUGGAUUCGGAGGUGAGGGAGUCCACAACAAACCCCAUACUCACACCGUAGGUGGAGAAAUCAUGGGAGAUUCUCGUAGAUUCUCUUUUGGAGCAGCCAAUCUCGACUUCGAAGAAGAUGGUGAAUUCAAAGACACUCUUGGUGCUAUUGAAAAAGCUGCCCACUAUCCAUUCAGACAGGGUGUCUCAAAGAGCAUUGUCUUGGUAACAUGCACUGAAUGUACUCAACAGGAAACCCAAUAUACUGAUAUCCUAAAUAUGCUCACAACAAGGGACAUUACACUUCAUAUGCUCGCUGAUAGCAAAUUCGAGUCCAACAGUGAAUCUAAGAAGCCUUCAGUUUUCGUAUUUGGAGUUGACAGCAAAUCAGCUUACAGCCGCAAAUCCCUUAUUGGUAAGAAACUGAGAGGCGACAAGGAACUCUUUAGCCAACUCACCGUUCCCCAGCACAUCUGUGGUGAUCUUACUACUCAAACCGAAGGUUCCCUAUUUGAUCUGAAUAGACUCACAGCAGGAAAUGUCCAAGCUCAAAAAUCAUUCUCUGAAGCUUUUGCCAAGAGAGUAUCUAUGUCUGCCAUCCCAUCCGGGUGCCAAGAGUGCAGCUGUGUCGAAGGUGAAACCGUAUGCAAGACAUGCACAGCUGAGUCUUCAACCCUAGGCAAAAGAGAAGAGAACCCAUAUGCUGAUGAAUUCGAGCCAGCUAUGGCCUCCGAGGAGGAUGAGUUCAAAAAUGAGCUUAAGGAAUACAUGAGACGACCCAUGAAAAUGAAGAACAUGAGGAAACAGUACAGAAAUGCUAAGAGAGCAUAAGAACAUUGACAAUUCUCAAUUUACACAACAACAAAUGGGUACCGACCGACCGCAUUCGAACAAUGGACAUUCUUAGGGGUUGAUCCCCAGCAACUACAAUGCAAUUCUAAAUCGUUUUAAAACAAUUAGGGUAUAUACAAAUGAGGGAGAUGUAUUUAUAUUUAUUGAAACAUUUUGGAGUAUAUUUGUACAUUGUUUAUAUUGAUUUUUAAGAUUAUCUAAUAACAUUGCAAGAAAAA